CCGAGACCUUCUAAAGCCCAUAUGACGCCACCAUCUCUUCGGAUCCCAACGUUCCAUCUAGGCUCCGAUGCCUCUGUCUACACUAACACAAGUUCUUGACCUUGCACGCCUCGCUCGCUUGUGAGGUCUUCGGAGGACGAGGAGAACCAAUUGACGCCGACCAAAACACGACGUACAUGUACCGGGCGGCAGUGUCUCGGCGGGCUCCAGCACCCGCUCACUCACUCUCGAUGGAAGAAGAAUCGGAUGUCUCGUUCUCGCGGGCUGAGGAAGACGAAGAACAGAAUUCUGCCACGACCGAGAAGUUAGCAUGUCAUCGAUGCCGCCAGCGCAAGGUGAAAUGCGACCGGGUGAGCCCGUGUUCUCACUGUGUCAAAGCUGGGACACAAUGCUCAUACGCAACCGGCCCCAAGCCUAGAGAAAGGCGGCAGAGGGUCAUGGUCUCGAACGCAUAUGAUUCCAAAUUGGAUGCAAUAUCGAGGAAAAUCGACGAGCUCAGCCAGAAGAUGAGCCAGUUGAGUCAUGAGCCGACCAAGAGUAGAACCUCUAAACCCCUCGACUUUGCAGACCCUAUCAACAUCAACCAGGAGGAGCGCUGCUCGUCCCCCUCGUUCGGACCAACGCCAUUUUCUUCCUCACUCGGCUCUACACCAAACCAAGGGACCCUGCCGUAUAAUCCCAUCGGCGAGGGCGUCCGUGAAGUGCACUACAACUUUUCCAAAGCGGAGUACGAGGGCGAAUCGUCGCUUUUCGCUCACGCCGUCUUCGCUAGUCGGUUUCUACAGAAUGCCAUUAACAACACCACCAACGCCGAGGUCGCGCACGAGAUGGAAGCCGUCCUCGACGGCCUCAGGGCUGCCGUUCAUUCUGAGAAACAACAGUCUGAUACGCUCGAUAAACUGUAUCCUCAUGCCAAGGCGAUCCCACCCGGCUCGACGACCCGCAACCUCCCUUUGCCGCCCAUCGACAAGGUGUUCAUGUGCUUGCGUAUGGCCAGGGAAUGCCCGCAAGUGGCCACGCUAUGGUUGGGGGACUUUAUUAAGCCCACCCAGUUCAACGAUUACUUUAUCAAAAUCGCAUCGCCUGGUCCAGCUACCGAAGCCGACUUGAUCAUCGUCCAUUGCGGUCUUUACUGGCUGUUCUGCGAAUGCUCCAAAGCCGUCACCGACGAAGAAACGAAGCAAGACUACAACGCGCAGGCUUUCAUAUGCGAGGCGAACCUCGAGACUGUCCUUGCCAACCUUCGCUUUCAUCAGCCAACAAAUAUGGACUUCGCAUAUGCGAUGGGAAUGGCGUCGAUGUAUUGCCUUCAGAAGAGCAAGCCAUCUGCCGCGUGGAAUUUCAUCAAUUCGGCCUCGCAUAUGAUACAAGCUCUUGGCUUGCAACAUAACGUGCCUACAGGCGUAGAGCGGCCAGAAGAAAUGGCCCAGAAGAUGAACUUGUUCUGGACCAUAUACAUGACCGAGAAGAUGCUGUCGCUACGCCUAGGUCGUUCAUCGACCUUCCGAGAUCAGGACAUCACCCUGACCCGUCUUGGCAUGGAGCGUCCCAGCGGUUCUUUCUUGGCCGAACUGGCCCCCGGUUGGAUCAACAUGGCGAGUAUACAGGGCCGGAUAUACGACGACAUCUACAGUCCAGGAGCCCUCAUGCAACCGCUGCACAUCCGGACGUCUCGUGCCCGGGCUCUUGUAGCCGAGUUGAAAACUGCCAUGCAACAUGCGCAAGACAUCCACGAGCAUUACGAGGCGAGCAAAGGGCAAGUGCUGGGACUGGAUUACCACGAAAUAGCAAGACGUUCUGACCGAGUCAUCGGCCUUUGCAUGCUUACGCUCAUCUACCGGAGCAUCACCCCGGAGAAGCCAUCGACGUCCGCAUUUUGUCAAGAAUGCAUCGAUGCCGCCAGAGAUACGCUCCAAGAACACGACCGCUGCGUCGCCGUGAUCACCAAGGCGCGAGGGAAGACGGUGUUCCUUGAAACAUACAUCAACUGGACCAUCACCCAGUCUCCGUUCAUCCCCUUCAUCAUCCUGUUCUGCCACAUCAUCGAGACGUCCGAGGCCUCAGACCUCGAGCACAUGAGAGGUCUUGUCGAGACGCUCGAGUCUACAUCGAACUCCCGCGCACAUAGCACAUGCGGCAAGCAACGUCGCCUCUUCAAGGCGUUGUACGACGUCGCGGCCAAGUACGUCGAGGUCAAAUCCCGCGCGGACGGUGGGCAAGGGGGGAUGUCGUGGUCGAUGGCCCAGCAGCAAUAUGCCGAUGCGUUUGCCGGCACGACCUCGAACGGGAUCGGGCUCGGUAAAUUGGACUCUGGAGGAAUUGUGGGAGACCCAGGGACGACGAAUACUGCAGAUGCUCCUGGUCACAUACCGUCGCACGGCGAGGCUAACGGGGACGGGAUGGGGCUUAUGGAUGGGCUGGUCGGGCCUACGGCGUUGCAAAACACAGCAUUUGGGGAUGUAGACAUGGAGAUGGAUCUCUCGGGAGCUCAACUUUGGGACUGGUUCAACAAGAACCAGUCCAUCAUGAGGAUGCUUGAGGAUACAUAGAAAAAGGCGGUGGUGGUCUGGGAAGAUUUUCGAAGUGUUGUAGUAACAACUGUUCGACCCAAUUGAACUCAGACAAUGUCUAUCCUGUCUAUCCCCAAGAAAAUAGCGAGCUUUUGGCAUGUGAUCAGGUCAGGCCAGGCCAUGCACCUUCCAUCAUUUACAAAUGGCGCCCGUAGUUAUACACCGGGUUAUUCAAGGUAUAUUUACUCAUCAAAAUCAAGGAUCAAUUGCC